UGAAAAAACGGUUUUUCUUUUCACAAGAGCUAAGUAUUCCCACGACCACAAAAGAUGGUGACCAUAGCAACAGAAUGUCGAAGACCAUCACAAAUGAGCUAGUCAGUACUGAAACUAUCUAUACAACUAUCAUUGCUUCACCUACACCUACUAUCUACAAUGCAUCCAACACUGACUUACCAGCACAUCAACAACAAUCACAGUCUGCAAGCAAUAUGAACGAUCCCAACAAUAACAAUGGCCUCGAAGAAAGUCUAAAAAGUGACCAACAGGCACUUAAGAGAAUGAUCAUGAUCCUAUCUUUAGUGGGUGGAUUGGGUGUUGUUGCUAUUGUUACAACAGUAGUCAUAUUUACUCGUAUGAGAGCAAAGAACAAAAAGAACCGAGAAUGUAUAGAUGAUGAUCAGCAUGACAAUUCGACUAUUGCAUUGAGUCUAGAUAACCAUAAUGACGAUGAUGAUUCAACACCUUCUGUAAAUCAUGUUUCCUUAUCAGAUCAACCGACAACCAUUGAACCCUCUGCGCCACCUGCAACUAUUCUAAACGAGGAUACGGAGACUCCAUAUUAUGAUAACAGACGCCAUUUUGUGUCCAUGAUGUCGCAAACAACAGCUAUACCCUCUCCUUCUGCACCCACAGCUAAGGAAUUGGAUGCUGCUGUAGAUGAUAGACCAUCUAUUCCAAGUACAUCAGGCCACCAUCGCCAUCGCUCAGCAUGUACACGAUGUUUGCCUGAAAUAUUGCCUGAAUUACCUCCACCAGCUUAUACACCAAGUGCACCUCCACAUUAUGCUUUACCGGUAGAAGCUGUUGCGAUGGAUAACUUGUUGCCUUCUAGAAGAUAUUCUUUAGGGGCAUAAUGUAUUUAUUUGACUCUUUUUUUAUUGUAUCUAUAGCUCUUUUUGAAAAUUACCAUACCCUAAACAUACUCUCUCCUCAUCAAAUGUUGUCACUCUAUGAGGAGACAGUGUUUGCUCCUAUUGCUUACUCCUUAUCUUUCUUAAUAUAAAUAUACAAGAAACAAUGAGUUGUUUCUUUCUUUAUUCUACUUAAAA